CUUAAUCACAGUUAUUUAAGUCUUUGCUAACUCUAGUAUCUGAGUUACCUGUGGGUCUGUUUUUAUUGAAUGCCAGACAUUGUGCAAAAACUGUGAAGACUCAUGAUGUUUUCUUCCACCAGAGAGGUUACAUCGUAUGCUCUGCUAGUCAAAUAGAGUGUGAAGAUGACCACCUUAAUGCAUUCAGGGCCUGUGCUUAGUUGAGGCUGGCUUGCAGGUUUAUUAGACCCAAACUGUGUCUAGUUUAUCUUUGUUCAUAGUGCAUAACCCUCUUCAACUGUCUUUGUUUCUCAGCACAGACAGGCUAUAGGAAAUUCCACCUUGCUUUUCAGUAUUUUUGAUUCACAGUUUUAGCCUAUUGCUCCUGGGAGAUUCAGACUUUGGCAAACAUCUUGAGCAAGAAACCCGCUGUCUCUAAAGCCCUUCAAAUCUGUAAUUAUGUUACAUUUGCUGUAUGCAACCACCAAACUACUACUGGUUCUUCUGUCAUGAACAGUCAUAAGGGAUCAAGCUUAAAUCCUGAGCCUUUAGCCACAUCCAAAUCAACAAGUGCUGUAGGAAGAAGAGAGGAUGUAAAUCAUUGGUGUUAGUUUAGUUCACAACUUCAGUCUUUUUGCUUCUAGGCUGUUCUUUGGGGUCUCCUUCCUCUGUCAGGCUGUUGUCUUCUCAAUACUAAGAGAAGAAAAUUACACUAUAUUUUUUUCAGAAAUUUAGCUCUUUAGCCUCCUGCCCAACAAAACUAAAACUUUGGCUCUUACUUGAGGAGGAAACUAGUUGUAUGUUGAGGUUCCUUAAGUCUCUAGUUUGUCACUCCAGCUCUGUGCAACCACAAAAAACUCUGUUUGUCCUUCAGCAGUGCUUCUCUGCCUGCAUAAAGCCCAAAUUCUCAGCCUCUAACCUGUACUCCAGGAGAAAAAAUGACCACAGAUACUCAGCUCACCUCUGAAAGUCUCAUGACUUCUGCAGCUCUCUCACACUUUCUCAAUUAUAAGUUUUUAUUUUAUUCAGCUCUUCUGAUUCUCAGUGGAAUUUCUUGAAGCAGAAAUCUCUACCUCUUCAUUUUUUGAUGGUACUACCACAACAUCCUAUCUUUUCCCUACCGUCAAGUCCAUCAUCCACAGAAGUGUGAAAGUAUUCCAACCCCAAAUCUGAUCUUGUGGGUUAUCAGCUUUAAAAUUUUUAAAUAGUUGCCCACAGCCUCAGCAGUGGUUUUGCAGGGGGACCUACGGAAAAAAGAAGGGAGAUGCUAAUGGUUUAGCCUUUGGACCCUAACUUUAACUUGGACCCACUUAUAACUUCAAACAGUGAAGCUCAUUUUUAUCUGAUAUGUAUAUCAGGACCCUUUGGGUUCUCAGGUUCUUUCCCCUUGUUUAAAUCAUGAACCAACAGAAUAAAGUAUCAAGUCCUCAAGACUCUUGUGGUAAAUUUUAGCUUGCAUCUCCAGUCUCAUCUGCCAUUCCCGACUCCCACCAAACUGCCUGCAGUUCUCAUUGGAUCCCAACCUCUCCCCACUUCCAGUAUAGAAUGGUGCUUCUCAUUCUCAGAUUUUGGUCAAAUUGUUCAUUCUGCUUAAAAUGCCCUCUUUCCCUAUCUUUUAAAUCUCUGAUUUUUAUGUCACUCCUUUUCUUAGCUGUUAAGGAAAUAAUAGUUCUCAUCAAUGUUACCAUGAUUCCCAGUGUGCAUCUUUAUGCUUGCUGGGAUCUACAGUGUCUGGCACACAAGUACUUAAAUAGUUGUUCACUAAACGAAUGAGAGAACUAGGCUUUGGAAGAUACUUAGGGUUCUAAUUGGCAUAUUUACAUAGGGAAGACAUUAAUGAAAACAGGAGAAUCCAAACAAAGGUAAUAAAGUAGAAAUAAGUGAGAAUGGCAUUGGCAGUCCAUGUGCAAUGAAUGAGAGAAAAGAUUAGGUGGAGAACAUAGAUCUGCUGGAUAUGAAAUCUUGGUUUGAUAGCAAGUAAGAAGUGUGUAAGUUUUUAACCAGCCAAAUGAUAUAAUGAAAGCAUUUGCUUGGGGAUAUUCACUUAGCAGAGUAUGCAGUUGGAAUUGGAAUAGUCUAUCAAGGUAGAAUCCUUAAAGUCAUUCUUGUGUUCUAUGUACUUAACCAGUCAAUGGAAUCUUGCCCAUUAUUCUUAGGCCUUUGGAGUAUGAGCCAUGGCACCAUGUUACUUCAGAAUCUCAGACCCUCUUUCUUGGAUUACAGCAACAGUUUCCUCACACCCAUCAUUCUCUGUGCUCCUACUAAAGGGAUUUUUAUAAAAACAAGUUAAUUGUGCCUGUAACCUGCAUAAAAAGUUGUUUAGCUAUAUUUUCCUAACACACUUAACAAAUUAUACAUAGUCCUUUACAACCCAACCCCACUCAAAUUUAAAGAGGUUUGUUUCAUACCACUCCUUUUCACAUAUAUUUUGUUUUCAUAUGUAUACCAUGCCCUCAUAAAUAUCUGUGACUUGCACAUACCGUUUUCCUUUUCUGGAAGGCAUCUCAACCUUUCCCCACUUGAAAAAACAGUUCAAAUGUCACCUACUCUAUGAAGCCAUCCCCUACUUUCCCAGGUAAAUUUAAAUGGAUGAUCGGGCCUUAAUCGUAUUUGUAUGUAUUAUUUAUUUAUUUUAUGGAGAUGGGGGUCUCACUGUGUUGCUUAGGCUGGUCUCGAACUCGUGGGCUCAAGUGAUCCUUCCCAGUGAGCCACUGCACCCAACCAUAUGUAUUUUUAGAACUUAGCACAGUGUCUGGCACAGUAUUGGCCUCUCCUAGGAACUGAGUUUUUAAAAAAUAAUCACUAAAAGAUGAAUAUUGCUAUUGUGUUUUACAAGAAGACUAAGAUAAUAUAUAAGUUAAAAAAUGAGUACCGCCCAUGCACUCCUGCAAUACUCAGAUACAAUCACUAUUAAACCAAAUUUUGUGUACUAUUCUGCACUCUUACUUAUGCAUGCACACUCAUGCAUAUGUGUAUGUGUAGUUCUUUAAAUUCAAACCUAUGUUUUUGGGUGACUGAAUACUUAUUAAGAGAAAGGGUCUUGCUAUGUUGUCCAAGCUAGAUUCAAACUUUUGGGCUCAAGCAAUCCUCCUGCUUCAGCCUCCCAAGUAACUGGGAAUACAGGCAUGUGCCACUGCCCUGGCUUAAGAUAUUAUUUUAGUAAGCCACUCAGUUAAAUAAGAAGGUAUUUAUGGGGACUGGAAAUAAUAGAAUGUGAGCAGGUGUUUAAGAAAACUACAGCUUCAUGACUGAUUUACCUAUCCUGUAUCUACAUAGAGUCAUAUAUAACUUCAAAGCUGCAAACUGUGGAUUCAGAGGUGGCAAUUUUUGUUAUUAACAUGCUAACAAGGAAGAUAUCCUUCCUAUUAUUUAUACAGUUUUCAUAGCUGUACAGUAGAAAUCAUAGCACCUUAGAGGAUUUAUGAAAGGAUUAGUGAUAAUGUAUGUAAAAUACUUGGCAUGUAGUUUAGCAAUAAAUUAUAAUUAUUACCAUUUGUAUUGAUCAGGUACUUUACCAUGAUAUGAGGGCAGACACAUUAUAUUGUCUUAUUAACAGCAUUAUUCCUUCAAUACAAUCAUUCUGGAUUUCUUCCAAUCUUUAAGUUAGCUUUCUGUAAUAUGAAGUCAGCUUUCAGUAACAUCCAGUAAUAUGAAUUGGGGUAUUAUACAUUUGCAUAAAAUUAUAGCUGUUCUUUUUGCUUGUUCUACCUCCUGCUGACUCAUAGAAUCGGCUUUAAAAUAGACAAGCUACAUUUAUUUUUUGUAAUCCUGCUACAGCAAUGGCUUAAAAUAAUUCUGAUAUGCCCUUAAUAAUUAAGGCUGCAUGCAGACUUUGUUCUAAUUGAGAAAUAUUUCACAGAUAAUAAUAAUUUCGGGUAGCUGCGAACUAUUAACAUGCAACAGGUCUUUCUUCUAAUUUCUCUAUUUCUCUUUCCCUUCCUUCUUUUUGUAUAUUGAUUUUAAAGGCAAACUCCAGUGGCAUGAAAACAGACUCUGUCAAUAAAAAUGGUUUGAAAGAAAAAAUUAUACAAGUAGUUUUCCAUACAUAAUUUAUUAAAAUCUUGAUUCACAGAAAAAAUAAGCUAGGAGAUAUUCAAGGUGUAAAUUUUUUUCUCAUUGCUGCAAUGCACUGUUAUACUUUUAUUCCUUUUGUGUCUUUAUGCUUUGUUCCCCCAAUCACAGUGUAAGCUCUUUGGGGCAGGAUCAAUGUCUUAUGCUUUUUGUGCCCCUUUCAAGUGCUUAUCACAGUGCUAUGUAAUUGCUUAUGAGGAAAUUGUCUUUAAAUGUGGUGUCCAUAGUAUGAUCUUAUUUCCAGAGAUAUUUUACUUAGAAGUUCAGAAUCACAUCUAUUUAUCCUGCUAAAACCUAUUAGGUAAUUGCUCCUGUUGUAGCUAAAUUAUUUAUCUAUUAUAAUUACAAAAGCCAAGACUGCUUUCUCUUAGCAACAUUUUUUCUUCAUUUGAGUGAUAUCUGUGCAUCUAACUCCAUUAUUCAGCAGGGAAUUAUCCAGGUUUCUGGCUGCUCCUGCUGUUUAUUGGCACUACCUUCUGCUUUACCAAUGUGCAAGUAUCAAUGAACCAUAAUCAUUACUUUCAUGUAUAUGUAUAUUUCAGAAUUUUACAUGGUUUCCAUCUCCACACACUGGCAAAUGUGUCCUAUUGGCAAAUGACACUUCUAACAGGUAGUUGUUCUAUGGGGCUAAAUUUAUAUAUAAGUAAUUCGUGCAGAUGGUAAUCUUUUCACACUAUUCAUCUCUCUCUAUGUAUCUAUAUGUCUGUCUCUCUGUCAUCUAUCUAUCUAUCUAUCUGUCUGUCUAUCUGUCUGUCAGUUCACCCAUCCGUUUGUCUCUUCAUCUAUCUAUUAUGCUCAGUGUACUGUGCUAGGUACAAUAGGGGAUAAAAGAAGGCAUAAGAUUUAGGCUUUUCCUAAUAUAACUUACCAUCUAUUGAGGAAAAAAAUAUGUAUACAGAGAGAAAAAGAUCAGAAACCAAAGUGGUACAUGAUGUCACAAGUAAGUGAUGUGAGCUCACACACUAUAGAUGAUCCAAUAAAGAUAUUUUGGGCUGGAAUGAUGUGGCAUGUUCACUGAGUCUGAGUGAUCUGAUACAAAUGAAAAGCACAGGACAAUGAAUUGCAAUUUUUACCUACACAACUUACUGUUGGGAACCUUAUGAGUUGGGCUUUCUGAACUUCAUUUUUCUCCUCUGGAAACUGGGAAUAAUGAUCAUGACAAUACCUUCUCUACCUUUUUCUUUGCUAUUUGAAUCAUACAGUCAAAUAAAGUUAUUCAAAAACUUCUGAAAAUAUUAAAGUGCAAUCCAACUUCAGGGUGUGUUCUUUUAAUUUUUCAUCAACUACCACAAUGUUUCUGCUCAAAUAUUACUAAUUUAAGAAAUAUUAAAAGUUCAACAGGAAGAGAGGAGCAAUGCUGGUUAUGUAAUAUGUGUGUUUGCAUGUUAAUAGGAAAAGAAAAAUUUGUCAGUAGCAUGAAAUCUGCCAAUGGUGGGAGUAUUUACAUCAUAGAACUCAGCAAACACCACAAAUUGGGGCUUUCUUUUUUGGAGAGCUAUUUACCAGCAUAUUACUGGCCUGAACAAAAGCAACAGCAAUGGGACUAGAGAGGAGGGAAUACAUACUAGAGGGAUGAAUGAGGUAGAAUCAGCAAUACUCAUCAUCAGUUGGUUAAUGGCAGGUGGAGUGUCAAUGGGGAGAUUCUAAAAUGAUUUAUCAAGUUACUGAUUCAGAUGAUUAAAGAGGAAAACUUGUGCCUCUUACCAAGAGAAGGACUUCAAGAUGGGUGAAAGAUAGUGAAUUUUGUUCAGGGAAUGUUGAAAUUGAAGUACUUGUGGGACAUGAUGGUGACAAUGUACAGAAGACAGUAGUUAUGUGAAUAUGGAACUCAAAAGGUGAGGACUGGAUUCAAUAUGGCAGUCAUGAGGCUAUAACUAAUGGCUGAAGUCAUGGGACUAGAUGAACUUUACAACAAAGGGACCCUGGGAAAGGCUGCAGUAAGUCUUCAUGUUUUAUAAAGUAAUUAUAAACCAUGUCUUUUUGUUAAAAGACAGUUUUAGUGGAUAAAGUUGUUUCUUUGUAAAUUCUGCUUUUAGAAGUAAAAUUAUCACUGCAAUGUAAAUGAGUUUUAAGGAAGAUUGGUAUCUGAUGAAAAAUGUUAUGGAUUUGAUUUUUAAGGUCUUUACAGCAAGAUUUAUACAAAUGAAAGUUGAAAACAACAAAAAAUUUGUUUAAUAUCCAAAAGAAGUUUAUGUCAAACAUUUGAAAGAACAAAAACAUUCUAGAACAAAGAGGGAAACAAAUUACUUUAGAAAUCAACUUAAAUGUAACUUCUGUCUGAGCCCCAUGUUGUAAUUAUUUGCUACUUUGCCUCACCUUCGGGGCUGGGGGCGGGGGUGGGCUGGGGCACAACACUGUGUCUUUUAUCUAUGUGUAGGGCAUUGUACAUAGUAUAUACUCAGGAAGAAAACCUGUUUAUUCCAUGCCAGAAUGGGAGGUUUGAACAGAUGACCUGGAAGGUCCCUUUCAACCCUGAGAGUCUAUAAAAGGGAAGUGGUUAUUACCGCUUAAAAGAAGUAGGCUUAGUCCUACUUCCAGAGAGCCAAUGUUUUCAUAGUUACAGAAACGUAAUAGACUGUCAGCUCAAUAUGACACUGGUAAGAAGACUGUCGGCUCAAUAUGACACUGGUAAGAAUUUUCUAACAAUUACGGCUAUCCAACAGAAGAAAGGCUGUCUCAGAAGGUGGUUAGCUCUGAAACAACUGGUAUUUAAGGGCUGGAAGGACUCUUAGAUAUCUUUAGGUCUUCCUAAUCUUUUUCAUGCCAUUGCCUAUACAGAAAAUGGUAUUUCUAUAACACAAAUAAAAAAAUUAUACAGCAAUUUUUGACGCAUCAAUGUCUCAAGGCAUACUUGACACACGUUCUCAGGGCUUUGGUUGGGAAAACUGAUUUAGUCUAACAUCCUCGUUUGCGGAGGGGGAAACUGAAUCUUUAACGAGGGAAUGCAAUAUUCCCAAGUCAAGACGUUAAUACUGGAACUAGAACUGAGACUAGCGACUGUGGACAACUAGCCAGUUUCCUCUGCUCAAAUUAAGCAAGCUGGAGGCCAGACUGGUAGAAUAGUCUAAAGCUGUAUUACUUUAAAUGUGGUCUCAAGACCACCGACAUUAGAACUUGUUAAAUUCUGGGGAACUCGCUAAAAUGAAGAUUAAUGGGCCCCACAUAGACACACGGAAUUAAGCUCUGCGGUAAGGCCUUGGAAUCUGCAUUUCUAAGUUUGCGAAUCCCCGCUUCUCCCGGUACUAUUUCUGAACUCCGAGCUCCAGCCCUGGCUUGAACUGAGACGCUCCGCUGGGCGCGCAGCACCCGCCGAUCGGACCUCGGGGUCCUGGAUGCGGGACUGUCUGUUACGUACAGCCCUUGUGACCGUCACGGGCGGACACCGGCCAACGCCGGGUCGGGGUGAGGCCGCCGCCGCGGUCCCUCCAUCACCCUCCUGGCCCGGCAGAGGAACCCACUGCUCCGGGCGGCCGGGGCCAGAGGCGGCUCAGCAGCUCCGCCUCGAGGCCAGAGCCCUCGGCCGGCUAGCAGAUUGCGGUUUCCCUUCAUCUCCGCGGCUCCUAUUCCUCCCACGCAGGGCCGCCCACCGGGGGACGCUCUCCCGCGCCUGCGCCAAUUCCGCCCUGCCCCGCCCCCAUCUACCGACCGGAUGUUAGCAGAUUUCCCAUAGUGCCUCGCUAGUGGCGGGCAUGAUAACACACGCCGUAGGGUCGCAAGCGGUUCCAGUUGUGAUUGCUGGAGUUGUGUAUUGCCAGGAGGCUCUCCGAGAUUGGGGUCGGGUCACUGCCUCAUCCGCCGGAGCGAUGGCGUUUCUCCGAAGCAUGUGGGGCGUGCUGAGUGCCCUGGGAAGGUCUGGAGCAGAGCUGUGCACCGGCUGUGGAAGUCGACUGCGCUCCCCCUUCAGUUUUGUGUAUUUACCGAGGUGGUUUUCAUCUGUCUUGGCAAGUUGUCCAAAGAAACCUAUAAGUUCUUACCUUCGAUUUUCUAAAGAACAACUACCCAUAUUUAAAGCUCAGAACCCAGAUGCAAAAACUACGGAACUAAUUAGAAGAAUUGCCCAGCGUUGGAGGGAACUUCCUGAUUCAAAGAAAAAAAUAUAUCAAGAUGCUUAUAGGGCGGAGUGGCAGGUAUAUAAAGAAGAGAUAAGCAGAUUUAAAGAACAGCUAACUCCAAGUCAGAUUAUGUCUUUGGAAAAAGAAAUCACGGACAAACAUUUAAAAAGGAAAGCUAUGGCAAAAAAAAAAGAGUUAACACUGCUUGGAAAACCAAAAAGACCUCGUUCAGCUUAUAACGUUUAUGUAGCUGAAAGAUUCCAAGAAGUUCAGGGUGAUUCACCACAGGAAAAGCUGAAGACUCUAAAGGAAAACUGGAAAAAUCUGUCUGACUCUGAAAAGGAAUUAUAUAUUCAGUAUGCUAAAGAGGAUGAAACUCGUUAUCAUAAUGAAAUGAAGUCUUGGGAAGAACAAAUGAUUGAAGUUGGACGAAAGGAUCUUCUACGUCGCACAAUGAAGCAACGACGAAAAUAUGGUGCUGAGGAGUGUUAAAAGUAGAAGAUUGAGAUGUGUUCACAAUGGAUAGGCACAGGAAACCAGUUAGGUCUCAAUACCUGAAGCUAUUGUGAAAUUAAGAAAGGAUAAAAUUGGUAAACCUUUUAUAUUUAGUAUCUUUUUAUUCAGCUCAUGGACUUCUGCCAGUGUAAUACUUGCUUUGGAAAACCCAGAUAAAGGUUCAUGCAAAAUGUAUUUUGUGUUUAGGAACUACUGAGGAUCAGAGUAAUCCAUGCAAAUGUGAAUCAUUUUACCUUUGACAAAGGUAAAUCAGACUAUGAGGUUUUUUUUUUAUACAGGAUGAUGACUAUGGAAAAAGUAUUCUUGUUUCCUUAUAUUAUGGAGGCAGGAGUUUCAUUUUCAAAAUUGUUACAAAUUGUAGAAGCCACAGUGUUCUGUGAUAUAAGUGUGCGUUUUUCAAAAAGCAGGCAGAACUCAUCUAGGUAAAUUACAGUUCUUAGGUAUAAUUCACAUUAUAUUCAGAGUUGAUGGUUGUACAUGUAAGUGAUUGCUGGUUUUAGUUGCAACUUUGUAUAAAAGGGACUGAGAAAUUUAUAAACUUUUUUCUUACUGUCUUUUUUUCUAAAGUAAAAACUUAGAAAUUAUGUGCCAGAUUUAUGCAUAUUAUUUUAUGUUGCAUAGAAUAAAAUUUUUAAUCUUUAAUUUUACAUUUCCCAAAUAUAUUUUAAGACAAAACAUUUGUUUUAUAGCUUUUCCCUUUUUUUAAGUAAGGAAUUUUAUUUUUUUCUGAAUUAUUUUCUCUCAUGUGAAUAUAUUGAUCCAGAAAGAAAACUUCUAUUAUGUGUGUUUUAAAAUGAGAAAUCUAAAAAACGAAAAGUCUCCAAAGUCUCUGGAAUUUGAAACACUUUGCAUAACAUAUAAAAGCCUGUUUAAGAGACAGCCAGCUAUGGCCUGUGGGUCAAAUCCAGCCUGCUGCCUGCUUUUUAUGGCCUGUGAGCUAGGAAUUGUGUUUAUAAUUUUAAAUGUUUUUUUAAAAGACUUUUAUGAUACGUGAAAAUUAACAUGAGUAUUUAGUGUUCAUAAAUAAAGUUUGUUGAAACACAA